UAGAGCUCAAUGGAGAUUCAACGGAGCUAAAAAGAGAGCGUAUUUAUUAUGUAAUUGUGCUUUACUUUUAAAUAAUACUAGAACAUUUACAUUUUGCGGCUUGUUGAAGAAAAAAUAGAGCGUAGAGAAAGAGAAAGAAGAACUUUCUCGUUUAUAUACUAUGCCUUUCUAUUCAAAGAGUUCGCCAUUAGACGAAAUUGUCGAAAAAGCAACUUCGGAAAGGAAUCUUACUGAGAAUUGGGGAGAAAUAAUGAAUGUAUGCGACAGAGUCUCACGUUCUUCCUCUGGACCUAAAGAUGGUUUGAAUUCCAUUUUGAAAAGAGUUGACAAUCAUAAUCCAAAAGUGUCUUUACAAGCACUUACGCUUCUUGAUGCUUGUGUCAACAACUGUGGAAAACAUUUUUAUACUGAAGUAUGUUCAAGAGACUUUGUUGGUGAAGUAAGAAAUCUCCUGAGAAAGAUCCACCGAUUGGCCGCAUUGAAAUUGAAGGGCAUGAUUAAGGAAUGGGUAAAAAUGUUCAAGAAUGACCCACAGUUAAGUUUGAUUUCAAUAUUAUAUGAAGAAUUGAAAAGAGAGAAAGAGGAAUUUCCUCAAACUCUAGCUGCCAACAUUACUUUAUCGUCCCUGCCAGCAAAGGAAACUGACACAUCAGCAGAAGAGCAUGACUUAGCUUUAGCCAUUCAAAUGUCUUUGAAAAGAGAGAAAGAGGAAUUUCCUCAAACUCUAGCUGCCAACAUUACUUUAUCGUCCCUGCCAGCAAAGGAAACUGCCACAUCAGCAGAAGAGCAUGACUUAGCUUUAUCCAUUCAAAUGUCUUUGAAUGAAGCCAACUCAAGUCAGUCAAAAACUCCAAGUUUAUAUCCAUCAGUUCAAGCUACUUCUCAAUCGACUAAUUCAAUGCCUGUGCAAAAAGUGCGAGCAUUAUAUGAAUUUAAUGCAGGAGAGGAUAACGAAGUAAGCUUCAAAAGUGGCGAUGUUAUUAUAGUCACAGAUAACAGUGAUGCCAACUGGUGGAAAGGCGAAGUCAAUGGAAGAUCUGGAUUGUUCCCAACGAAUUUCGUCACAACUAACAUGACACCGGAUCCAAAGCAAGCAUCUGCAUCGAUUACCCAACCAGUUGCAAUUAAUGAAGAAAAAUUAGAACAAUGCUUAGUGAUGUUGAAGAACGCUAAUGUUGAAGAAGAGGACGAUGACGAAGAAACAUUAAUAGAAUUGGAAGAAACAUGUAGAAAGAUGGCCCCACUUAUUGCUGAUAAAAUUCAAGUGAUCCAAAAAAAACACGAUGAUUUGACUGAUUUAAAUGAUAGUUUCCUGCAGGCCAUCAGCAAAUAUCAAAAGCUUAAAUCUUACAUGACUGGACACCCAUCAGCUAGCUAUAGCCCCGGACCUUCACACCCCGGACUUACACAGAUUGUAGCAGAUGGCAUGUACCAAGAUGGAAAGAAGCUCCUGAACACAACUUUUACCUUAGAUAUUUCGAUGCUAUGCUCAACCUAUGUGUGUUGUCAUUUCGAAUGCCUCCUGUGGACACAUACUGGCAUUUAACUGAAUGUGUCGUCUUUCCUUGUUAUGUACUCGCUGUGGUCUUUGGUUAUAUAUUACUGGCUGUUGGUGAUUAUAUGAUCAUAUCGUUGAACAUUUGAAAUUUAUCGUUGAACAUUUCAAAUUUAUCGUUGAUCAUUUAAAA